GCGGCGGCGGCGGCCCCGCGCUGCGGCGGGCGGGGGACGGAGGCAGCGCCAUGGGCGCGGAGCAGAGCGCCGAGGCCGAGAGCCGCCCGGGCGAGCCCAGCGCCGCAGCAUCUCCGUUGCCAGCCAAGCAACGAGCAAAAAUGGACGACAUUGUGGUUGUAGCCCCAGGAACGCAAUCCUCACGGAAUGUCAGCAAUGAUCCAGAUGUCAUAAAACUGCAGGAAAUUCCAACUUUCCAGCCCCUUUUGAAAGGACUCCUCAGUGGGCAGACGUCUCCGACCAAUGCCAAGCUGGAGAAGCUGGACCCGCAGCAGGUGCUGCAGCUGUGCCUGCGCUACCAGGACCACCUCCACCAGUGUGCAGAGGCCGUGGCCUUCGACCAGAACGCGCUGGUGAAGCGCAUCAAGGAGGUAUGGUCACUGUCCUCCACCGGAUGGGUUGACUCUGUCACACAGUUCAGGAGAGGGAUGUUAUUUGAACCUGUGCUUCUUGGCAGACCAGGAGUUCUCAGCAUCAAUUCCCUGAGGCUGUUUCAUGAUGGACCUCUCUGUGGAAACUCUUUACAGCCUCAUGCAGGAGCGCCAGAAGAAGUACGCCAAGUACGCGGAGCAGAUCCAGAAGGUCAACGAGAUGUCUGCCAUCCUGCGCCGGAUCCAGAUGGGCAUCGACCAGACGGUGCCGCUGAUGGAGCGGCUGAACAGCCUCCUGCCAGAGGGGGAGCGGCUGGAGCCCUUCUCCAUGAAACCCGACCGGGAGCUGAGGUUGUAGCGCUCGGCAGCUCCCCCUCCUCACCUUCCACACUCCACGUUCCGCACGGCCGCGCUUCCAACAGGCUGCAUUGGCGGCUCUUUGGAGCGGGCGGCGCUGCCACCGGACUCUCUGCCAGGGCACCGGAGGGAGAGCAGCGUCAGCUGCCAGAGCCGCACAGCCAGGAAUCCAGGAGCUCCCCAGAGGAGAUGAUUUACCGUUCCUUCAUCUCCCUUCUCUUGCCCUCCUGUCUCCUUUGCCACUACACCGCCUGUGCAGACACAUUUGUUUCAUUGCUGUGACUAGCUGGGGUUUACAGAGGAGGAAUUUUCUUUCAUCUGAUUUAUUUUAUUUUUUUUACUAAAAAAAUUCAAAGGGAUAUGGGGUGUGAUGAACCCUCUAACAUAGUUUGUGUGCCAUUGGGGUUUAGACAGUUGGAUGGCUGGAAGGUAUUUCUGAGAUCCUCUGGCCUUGGAAAUAUGCGUUUUAUAGGUGAAAGUGUGGGAGCCAGGAACUGGCUUAUUAAAAUCUGCCUAUUAUCAUAAUUAACAUGGUUUGCAUGGCAGGGUUUUGGCAUGUCCUUGAGGCUCCUUUUUCUAUGGGAUCCCUAAUUUAUGAGGCUGUAAAGGAGUAGCUGUUCUAGGUAUGUAUGUCUGUUAAUGUAAAGCAAACCUUAGUGUUCCUCUCCCCCUUGCCCUGGCAAUGUCCCCAUGCCUCAGCUGGUGGCAUUUCAUGUCCGUCUGACAGGCACCGGUACCAACCUGCUCACUUUGUAUCCCAAAGUUGGACACAAGGUGGUUUUUUUAUUCGGACACUCCCGUUACCUUGGUGCUGUCUUUUUUACCAGUCGGGUGCAGCUGCUUCUUUACCUUCAAGUGGACGAGGGUGGAGGGGAGAGACACGAGAAGUCCUUUGGCUCUUUGUGUUGGUGUAGCUGCCCUUGUGCCGGGAGCUGGCGUUGGCACCUUGCUGAGUGCCUGAAACCACGGGGCCCUUCUCAGCCAUCUGCUCCAAAGGCAGCAGGAUGUUCCUGCCUCCUCCCAGGCGAGCCAGGGCUGAAGAGCCCAUGAACCCCAAGGGUUGUUGUAUGUCAGGAGUGCAGUUCCAGUGGUGAGGACAGUCAGGGACAACCCAGCUUCCAAUACAGCACAAGGUAGGGUCACUUGCCAAAGGCAGCCUGCUUCGAUACGUCUUAGUGCUUAAGAGCAUUUAUUCAGCAAAAGGUUGUCUCUGAGCAUUUGGAAGUAAGAGUGCAGUAGGUUUUUGUAAUAAUUACUGCCCGGUGGCAAGAAGCAACAGGCUGUGCUCUUGUUGCAUUCCCAAAGGCCACGUAGUGUCAUGCAGACUGCAGCCAACUUAGAGGUGCAUCUGAACCACGGUGGUGGUUGAUCCCAGGGCCUGCUGAACACUAUGAAAUGAAGAAAUGAAGUCCUCUGGAAUAAUGCCCUGGGAAGAGGGACAGACUGCUUCAGGGAGGGCAGGGAACUCAGCAGGAGGUUUUUUUUUUUAGCAAAGGCAGCAGUGGGUCUCCUUGCCUGCUGCACCAACCCCAGAGGUUUUAUACAGUUGAACAUAAAUAGGCAUAUGCUGUGUAUUGCCCAGGAUAAAACAUCAGAAUUCCAUCCUUGUUCAAGCUUCCUGCCAUGUUUUACACUUGGUUUGUUAAAAGCUUUUAUGAGAUUUAACCCAUGAAAAGCUGCUUGUCAUGGCUAUCCCCUUGUGGGUCCUCACUGUCCAUCAUGGAAUAUGUCUCUGCCUCCCACCAUCAGACACACAAGAAUAUUGAGUUACUUUAAAUAGUGGUUGCAGCCCUUUUUGUCCUCUUUGUCCAGAUGAUGCUGUCUGGAUGUUUAAAAUGUGCAGCAUUCAGCUGUCUGCCAGACGGGAUCAUGAGUGUCCCACGCCCUGGUGUGCUGGAAGCCUGUACCAGUGGGAAGAUCCUGAUACUGCAUCUCAAGGCAGAUGCUCUCUCCUGUAAGACACUUCUCUGAGGCUUGUAGACAUUUGGCCUCAGGCCAUUAAGUAUCAGAUCAAAGCAGGGCUCCUUGCAGUGCUAAUGAGGGCAAAGGAAGAGUAUUCCCAACUGAAGGCUGCAGGAGCAGGGCUGCAAAUCAGGUCCUUCCUCAUUUGCCAGAAAACACCAAGGCAUUGGGCUGAGAAUGGGAAAAAAUGUUUAUUCCUAGGAACACUGGUCUUUAAGCUUGUGGCUGUGCUGCAGAGCCUCACAGACAGAGCUUCUUGAACAGCAAGGGCAGGUUGUGGAAGGUGUAACAACUGAACUAGAAAGAAACUUAGAGCUCAAGUGUGAAGGCUAACCUUUUCCAAUGUUCACAGGUCAUCACCUUCAUUCCACAGGUGAUAAGUCUCUUGUAUGGGUACUGUAAGAAGCAUGCACCCUCUAACUGUCCUUGAACAAUGGUUUACAGUUUUAUUUAAAACCUUGUCACUCUCUUCAGGAACUGUAAGUCUCUGGCCCUCUUGCUGAGGGGGAGACACAUCCUGCCACAUCUUCUUGAGCUGCUGUUUGUUGCUUGGCUGCUCCUUGUUGGCUUAGCUCCACAUGCUGCUUUCAGCUUCAGCUCAGAUGCAGGUGAUGCUCAGGGUGAGACUGACACUUCUCUCCCACGCUGUUCAGCAGAGGCUUGGAGAUGUUACCUUGGAAAAUUACCUUUCUGCUUGUGAAUUUCCUCUUCCAAGCCAAACACUCUUGGAGGAGGCCUGAGGUAUCUUUCUUGAACGUACCAGCUGUUACUUCUACCACAAAUUUAGUGCUAUGAGUGGGGAAUAAUCUGGUGUCCUCCCCUGAAACCAGACAUUGCUGCCCUUAUCUGCUUUCUGGGGUGGUGUGUGGUCUGGGGUACAGGCUAAGCUUCUUGAGACGUGAAAAGCUGGGGGAGCAGGACGAGUCACUGGAUCUGUGGUUCCUCUCUGGCCUGAGCUUCUCUGGCCCUUCCCCUGACUCUGCUGUUGCAAGUUCCCCGUUGUGCUGCCAGUGGUGCUCCUUACUGGUGCUCCUUGUGUCCCAUGCUGGUCCCUGUGCUGCCCACGCAGAGCAGGUUUGCUUUGUUGUUUCCGUUGGUUUUGUCAUUGAAUGCAUUGACAGGGUGCUAAAGUGCCAACCUACCUGCAGGGUCCUGUGAAGAUCUGCUGAAGGGGAGAGAAAAGAGUUUUUGUUUGUUUCUUUUAAAAUAUAUAUAUAUUAAAUUAAAUAUAUUUAAAUAUACUUGAAUAUUUAAAGUGUGUUUUCCCCUCCUCUAAGCUUUUACACAGAAAGAGCAGAAAUACACGUCGUCACAGGCCCAUUGGUUGCAUGAGCCAGCCCCUCUCUCAGACUGUGUGCCAGUAGUUUCCCGAGGUACUGCUGUAAUGUCCCUCCCGUUCCCAAACUGCCAGAGGGUAUUUUGAUUGCCAGCCUUGUGGCUGAGCACUCCAUGGUUUAUGGGUGGUUACCCUGUUCAGCUUCCUACUUGCUCCGUGUUCCGCAGCUCCAGCAUUAAAACCUUUGGUGUGGCUCUUUUCCAA